CCGAUAAAUCCUUCGGAAUCGAUAAAGCCCCAAGAUGUAGCUGGUGCUCAGAUCCCCAUUCCAAUCCAUAGUUGUUCUCCCCCUAUUGUACAACAAUCCUCACGCCACCAUCAACUUCUCUCCACCACAGCAGCAGCAGUAGCACCAAUUCCACCAGGCCUCCCUAAUCCCCCUCCCAGUGUACAGUUAGUUAUUCCUCCCCCUCCUCCAGCAGCUUCAUCCACUUCACGUAAAAGUGGUCAAAUGUUGAGCAACGUCUUCAAUCAACUCCUUCACUCUGAACAAGAUAGUACAAUCGCUUCUCUCUUGAGUAGCAGUGAUGGUCAAUCCAUGGGUACCCCUGCUUCAAUGGAGCCUUCAUUUCAUCCCCGUUCUCCUCCACUCUCGGUUCCUUCCAACUGUUCCUAUCCUGCCACUCCUGGCAUGAAUAGUAACCUUUCUGUGAAUAAUCCCAAUGUUGGUAGUGUUGGUCCUGUGCCUGAUCCCUCUCCGAUUAAUGCCAUAUUCGAUGCAACAGCCGGAACUAAUACAGAUCUCAGCGAUGGAAGAGGGGAUUCAAAUCCACAGCCUACAGUUCCUCCUCAACCACCCCCACCUCCACCUCCCAGGGGUCUGGCUGCGUACCUUCAGAAAUCUCGACAUCAUGCCGAAGCCGUGGCUUCCCCCGAAGAAGGUGAUGCCUAUGCAAGGCAACACGGUUCUGUUCCACCGAUGUCCUCAUCUGCGUCCUCACCUUGGACCGAGCGACGUAGUGGGGCUCAUGCAAGCACAGUCUCGAACGUUGGAGCUGGAGUUUAUCCAACGUCUUCUUCCUCUCUCACCAGCACUCCAAAUGGCCAGGAGGCUGGAAUCAAGGAGAAACGAGGUCGUCGACGGAAAAGUGAAUUGGAGGGUCUCAUCAACUGGCAGAUUCGCGAUCAAACCACUCCUUUGAAGAAACAGCACAGCCUUCACUCCCAUCAAAUACCCCCCAUUUUGGAGACAAAUUCACCUCCACAUCAACACCCUUCAUCCUCCCACCACUCAUCUCGUGCCGAUGUUAAUCCUAGUGACAACGAGGUUAUCUCCGGUUUCACAGAACCCCUUGGUGAAAGAGUGAAACGACGUCGCCAACAACACAAAACACCUCCGCGGUCAGUUAGUGGCUGUGGUGAUACCGUGCUAAUGAAUAAAGCCCCCACUGGAAAGAGUGGCUGUAGCAACAAAAAUUCAGGGUCCAAACGACCGAGGGAGGACACUCCGAGUGAGAUCUCAUUAUCUCCCAAGCGAGAAAGACGAGGAAGACCCCCAAGGCAUCAUCAAAUACCCUCUUCUGAGGAAUCGGAGGAAGAGGUUGGGAAAAUUGGUGGCGAUGAUGGAAGGCAAAUUCAAGAUGAUAAUGCGUCCAUUUCUAGCUGCCUUACUGACUCUCCUGUUCCACGAAAACACUUCCUUCAACGACUUGUUGAAGAAUCCACGAGUAGAUCACCUUCUCUCCAGAGACACAAUAAUUUACAGCCUGCCCCUAUGUCAGGUACUCCUGUUCCAGCCGAUGAGCAUGUGUCUUCCCAUUAUAUUAAUUCACCUUCAAGAAAGCGGUUAAAGAAAACAUCCUCUUCUCGUGCUUCCACUUCUCCUCCUCCUUUGCUCCCUUUUCAGCACGAUUCCUCCUGUGAUAAGAAGGAACGACAUCGAUUGAAGAAGCGACGGCAGAUUCAUCAACCUCCCUUCUCUUCAGAUGAUGAAGAUGAGGAUGAAGAAGACCAAAUUCGUAGAAAUCGAAAUUCGUCUCAUCGUUCAAUGCUAGUCGCUGACCAAUUACCACAAACUAAACACAAACCAAGCCAUGGUCGAAUAGCCGAUGUAUCGUCUCCGAGCUCGCAGGUGCAUCGCAAGAGGCGAAAAGCCCCCGCAAUUAGCUCCUCUUCCUCGACAUUGUCCUCUGCACAAUCUUCCUCCAGUUCCUCAGAAGACUUUAAGUCCGCCUCCUUCGGCAAACAAAGUCAGAGGAGAAGGAAAAAUACUUCACAUUCCUCGCAGGAAGAAAAACCCACCAUUCAGCGAGUCAAACGAGAAUUAACUCCAAGUACAGAUCCCUGCACAGACAGCUCAGAGUAUGAGGCUUGUGAAAAUGAUGGCUUAGUAUCCAGCUCUAAGUAUGAUGAACUUCUCUCGGAUUUAUCUGAUUCGGAUAGAGCGGAAAUGAUUAUAGAGGCAGAGAAAAGGAUUGCAGAGGAGGUGGCAAAGUUUGCAGCCACGGCGACGGAUUUCUCCAACCAUAUUUCACAAUUUUUGCUUCGAGUUGGGGGAUUAGAUCUCUUGAAAUUUGCCGGGGAAAUGAAUGUGACUGCUGUGGAUCCCGUUGCGGGGCAUGGUGAUGAUUCUGCCACAAUGGUUGACCAAACUCCUGUGGAAGCACGGCUCUCACGAAGGGAAGUUAAUGCGCUCUACAAUGAGGCAGAAGAGGUGCGGGUUGCUGGGUCGAUAUCGGAUGAGCCGAGUGGUCGUUUAGUGCGAUUCUUGAAUCUCCUUCGAGUGCAUAUUCGCGAUGCUUCUGCUCUAAUGGCACCGAAUCCCACUAUCGCUGAUUUCAAGGAUCUUAUCCAGAGAAGAAAGGCUCGUCUAGAUCGUCGCAAUGCUGCUGGUGGGGGCGGAAAUUCAGACAACUCAGGUGGAAAUCGAGAGCUAAUUUCCGAGGCUAUUCUAUGGUCACAUCCAGUUUGGAUGCGAGUCCUACGAGGUUUGGACUCAGCUUUAAUUGCUCUCCACAUUAUCGCCGGUCCAGAUGUUCCGCGUGGAAGACUCCUGGCCAUGGAGGAAUUGGUUGAAUCGAUUACUGCAAUCACGCAAUUCCACUUCAAUAGACUAACAUCGGUUAUUCAUCUCCCACAGGGUGGUGAGUUCUCUUUGCCCUUCUAUGCUGGCUUGUGGCUGGCGGCUUUCUCUCUUCGUUUAUUUGAAUGCAAUUAG